AAUUUGCAAAAAUGGUAGAAGGUUUCAUGCAGCUAAGUCAGGAAGAGCAAAUUGCACUGCUUAAAGGAUGUGUUUUCGAACUUGCGGCUAUUGUCGUCACCAGGCAUUACAAUCCCGAAACUACCUCGCUGAUUCUUAAUCGAGAAGUCUUUCCAGCUUCUAUUUUUCGACCUAGUGAACAAGCCGAAUUGAAUUUUUUUCUUGGAAUGCAUAGCUGCAUUCAUGAAUUAGCCCAGCUUCGGUUAACGAGCUCGGAGAUGGGUUUGCUGUCCGCCUGGAUAUUACUGGAUCGUUCUUCCCUUGGACAAUAUGUAAUUGAACAAUUCAGGAAUUGCUUGCAGCAGCAAAUCACGGCAAGAAUAGCUGAUUCUGGCCCAUUGAUGCAAAAAUUGUGUGAAAUAAUACAACGUUUGCGUGGGCAUGCUCAGGAACACAUCCGUUUACUGGGACAGUUAUUCACUACAUUUCCACAAGCAACGGAGAAAGGCGCGCUACCGGAUUUAUAUAAAGAACUCUUCUCAUCACCAUCAUCUUGA